CUUUCAAAAGGUGUGCAUGUCAUGGAGUAGUAGUAGUAGGACGGGUGACGUUUUGUGGGGUUGAAAAACGUCUAAACCUGAACUGCAACAUGGAUCACCAGCCAAAAUCUACUUUAGAUGGUCUUCCUAAGCAGUUCAUUGCUUCGCUGAGAACUUUAUUCGAUAUUUUAGACGACGAUAAAACCGGUUUAGUUCGACUUGGUGAGAUAGAAACUCGGUGGAAAGAAGACGGCAUCAAAGAGCUGCCGCGGGGAGUAAUUGAAGCACUACGCAAGGUAACACCUCCUAACGGCCUGCUCACCUUUGAACGCUUUGUGGCUGGACUCAAGAUUGCCCUCUUGCGAAACAGAGGUGACCAUAAGGAUAAAGAAAACCAGGGUCCACUGAAAUCCCAAAUAAAUGGACCCAGCACAAAUAGGAGCAAUGGUCUCACGGGCCAGAGACAGAUAUUCGGAGGUCAGAAAUCUCACACUGCCUCACAGAACGAAAGAACUGCUACCGUCCGACCCAUAAACAAUGCCAUGCAACAACGUGCCCUGAGUAUGCCUCAUCUGGCAGACCCCGGGAAGGGGAGCAACUCGGACAUGGAUGAACCCACCUCGGCGCCCCUGGGACCAAGGAACGAAUGGUUCGUGCAGUCUCACAACCAAAUCCCCGAGCAGAACCGUUUCCACCACAACCCUGCAUUACCCAAGGAUAAGACUGGUAUUGUGGCCACUUUGAAAAGCUGGCAGAGAGAUAAGAUGGGUGGAACGUCAGUUGUACAGUCGGAGUUUCAGGGUAACCGGCCAGUAAGCACCAGUAAUUUACCUGAGAGCAGGGGGGCUGUGCCAGGGGCUGCAACAGUGAACAAGGAUGGGCAGGGGAGGACAUUUGAAGAUGCCAUGAUGCACAAGAGGGCCGUUCCCAAGAAGAAAGAACCCAGGAGGCACACAUUGGCCAAUGGAAUUGAUUAUAACAUGCUAAAGCGUAUGAAGCAGUUGGAGCAGGAGCGUGAUGUGUUACUACAGGGUCUGGAGGCCGUGGAUAAAGCCAGGGAAUGGUACCAUAAUCAGUUGAUAGCUGUACAGGAAAAACAGAAGUACCUGGGGAAAUCUACUGCUCAGUCUGAUUACUCCUUGGAGGCCAACCAAGAGAGGAUGAAUUUCCAGAUGGCCAGGAUAUAUGAAGUCAAUCAGCAACUCAAGGCCCUGAUUGACAGCUCAGAAAAGGGUUUUCCUCUACACAUGAACCUGGCUGUUGGUGACAGAUUGCCACGUACAACAUCUACGUCAUCUGAACAAGAACAGCAUGUGACGCAGAUGGUGAAGGCCCAGAACAGGAUGCUUACCACAGAAAUUUCUCAGAAAAGUGACAGAAUCACACAGUUGGAGAGAGAAAAGGCCAGUCUCAUACGUGAACUAUUUGAGGCAAGAUCGAAAGGAGCUAAGAAUGUCAACAGUGAAGACACCACAUUCAUGUAAUCACCCAUUUGAAGAUUAAGAACAUAAUUCGGUUUAAAAAUUGAACUACUCAGGUUGUGAACUGCAGCCGAGAAGAACUGAAUGAAAAGCAGAAAAAAACUUUAUUAGUUGUAAGAAUUUACAGUACAUUUCCUAACCCACUCUAACAUAUUUUUUGUCCAUUUUUAACAAUCAACCCUUUAAGUUCCUUUUUUUUCUGCAAAUUUGAUUUGAAAUUGAAUUUGUUACUGGUGUAAUUUUAGAUGCCAUCAAGGUGUUUUUAUGGUGCAGACUUUGUACAUUAAAUGACCGUCAUCUGAGUUUUAACUUAUUUGGAUUUUUUUUUAUAAAAGUGGGGCCAACAGUGUAAAUAUAUUAAGGCAUGAUAACUCUUAGAGAAUGUAAGUAAUAUUUUAACCAGAAAAUUAAAUAUAUGACAAGAAUUUUAUCAAAAUGCUGAUGAGAUAAUCAGCUUUUUUUGUACAAAUUUGUUCUAGUCAGCAUUGACCUGUACAAAAACUAUACAUGGCAGUAUUAUGUGUUUAUGAUAGCUGAAAUGCAGCUUAAUCAUGCACUCAUAUUGUGAAAUUACUAAAAUGCGUGAAUAAUUGUCUGAAACCAAACUUCUUCACUAUCAAUGUUUGCAAGUGGGUUAAAUAUGUAAGUUUGAGAGACUUAGUCUAGUAAUAUUAGUUAACUUGGUUAAAUAAAAAUUGUGUUGCCAAAUUUUCUUCCUUUUGUGUCAAGGGCUGAAGGAGUAAUUAAAAAUGUGCCUCACCCAUUCUCUGCAUCCAGGAUCUGAGAACUUGUAUCUUUAAAAGAGGUUUUAUAUCGAGACCCAUUGCUGCAAUUUCAAGGGUGAUCUCAUGUUUUUGUGAGUUUUAUUGGUCAUUUGAUUUUAUGCCUCAUAUUUUGAAUUGUUCUUACACUGAUUGAAAAUGAAAACAUUUUUAUUUUUAUGCUCUAAUUUGCUUCAAAUUUGACCUCUGCUUUGUAAAUACCCUGCAUCAUAUGAGGGAAAUACAAUAACUUUUAUGCAGAACAUGGUUUGUUGAACAUGUAUAAGACUGUCAUUGGCACAUUUGUACAUUUCUAGGCAUACUGCACAUCUUUUAUGACUAAUUACUGGAGACCUCAACUAUGAUAAUGGCUUUUUUGUUUUAUGCAAGCUCUGUUAUAUGCAUAUACAGAUCUUUGUUGUUUGAUUGGGUCAGGAUUUCAGAUUCAGUAUGCUAUAGGUUUGCGUCCAAAUUUAUGCAAGAUCUGUAUGUGCAUUUAAAAAGAAAAAUAAGACAUAUCAAGCCAGGACAGCCAAACUCUGUGAGAAGAGGUUGGGUGGUACAUUAUCUGAUGUGUUUAUCAUGUUGCUGCAUUUAAUCAUUUUUUUUUCAAGUACUAUGCAAUGAGAAAUAUAUCUAAAUUUUAUCAUUAUCAUUUUUCACUGAAGUUUGCAAAAUGUGCUAUAUUAGUCUCUUUAAACUUGGUCUCGAAUGGUUUGAAUCCUUGAGUGUGUGUUUGUAUUGAGGAUUGGCAGGGGUUGUGCAGUCCAUGUAAGCUUUGUUUUUCCCCCUCACAUAGUUACAUCAAAAACAAUAGCAUUCGGCCUAACAACACCCUUGUGAAAUUGGUAGCUAAGCUCCUGGCUCAUUGUGUGCGUGACUUUUUCAAAUUGGCAUGAGAUUACUGUAUUUCUUUAAAGUGAAAUUACUUCUUUAAAAAUAGUUUUUGAAUGUGACUGUGUGUACAUUGUGGUAGGAGAGAAAGGUGUUGGGCCUUGAAGCAAUGAGUUGGUACUUUUGCCUUUACUUUGAUUAAAUGAUGUGUUGAAUCCAUGAAAUCCCUCCAUGCCUGUUAAAUUGUGAUUGUUCAUGGAAUUCCAUAGGAUUUGAAUUUCCACUUUGUGAACUAUGUCAGGUGAUGUUUUAUGGGCUCAGAUAAAUUUUGUUUAUUUAAAAAUGAAUUAGGAGAAUGAUUCAUUCAGGUGCCAUUACAGUUCCUGUGAGUUUGUUUUAUUACAUAUCAUGUGAGAAUAUUUUUUAAUAAUCUGAAAUAUUUUAUUCUUUUCAUCAUAAAUUCAAAUGUCAUUGCAUAAUGAAACAUUUUGGACCAUAUUGUGUUAUGGUUGGUAAUUUUAGAAUAUUUUGAGAUGUGAAAGUAGUGUACAAAUGCAUUUUCAGUCAAACAAAGCCACAUAACUUUUCAUAAACUGAUGCAAAUUUAUUUUAGAAGUUAUAUAAGGAGAUGUUAAUAUAUAUCAUAAAGUAGUGAAAAUACUUUUAUUGCACAUUAAAAAGGUUUUUACUUACGUAACAA